UGUGUAUUAUCAUCUGGAAUGAAAUAUGUAAUAUUUAUGGAAUUCUUCAAAUUUGUCGCUAGUUUCAAUUUACAAGAUUUAUCUACGGGCGUAAUGUUAUCAAACUUCAAGCCUGAUUCCCAGUUUGGUUAUGACGUGGCUUUGCACAAAAACAGCGAUGGUAAAACAAGAUUGCUUGUCAGUGUUCCUAGAGAUGACAGUCCUGGGUCAACUUCGAAUCUCAUUGGUACAACAGCGGGCGUCCUUUAUUCAUGUACUUUACGGGAAGGAGUUGAAGGAGAAAUGAAAUUGCCGGGGCAUUGUUCACUUUUUCACAAGGACAACAACUUAGAGAACGACAGACCUAUUCUGAAAUACGAUUUCGAGACGACAUCUCUUUCACAGAUGGCCGAUGAUGAUUUCGAUUGGGAAAUUAAACGUGGAGCAACGGGCUCCGAUCAGACGGGGCCAUCACAUGAUCAUACAAUACAAAAGCCAGACACGGGAUCUUACAUGCUAUUGGAAUGCUCCAAUCCCAGAACUGGAGGAGAAACAGCAGUAAUGUCGACGCCUGUAUUGAAACCCUCCAAUGGCGCUUGUGUGAGGUUUUGGUAUCAUAUGAGAGGAGAAAGUAUGGGGAGUUUGAAUUUCUAUAUUUACACUAAUAUGACCGGGCCAAGAAUGAUAUGGUCAAUAGAUCAUGAUCAAGGAGACAUGUGGCACGAGGGAUGGGUUACUGUAGCAUCUUUUGAGCCAUACCAGAUAUUAAUUGAAGGUGUUGUGGGCCAGGAUUACAAAUCAGACAUUGGAUUGGAUGAUAUUACACUAUUGAAUGGAAAUUGCAUAGAAGACAACAACUCUUUGAACCGUUUAUUCGGAAUGACAUUAUCUACAAAUGAAAAAACAGGGCAGGUUCUUGCAUGUGAGCCGAUGUCUAAUCACUUAUACAGAGGACAAAAUCACAUGCUAGGAAUGUGCUACUUGUUUGAUGAAACAUUAUCAUGGAGUACAGUAAAAAUGCUUUCACCUUGCAAAGAAUUUAUGUUCAGUGAAGGUAAAAUGGAUCUUAUAUUUGUAAUUGAUGGAUCAGAUAGCGUGAACGUAUUUGACUUCAAGAAAUUGAUGCGAUGGUUGAAUAAUGUUGUCAGUGCUCUACCAAUAGCAAAACAUUUAACUCAGGUUGCAGUUGUCCAAUACUCAUCAAAUCCAAAAACAGAAUUUUAUCUUAACCAAUAUUAUAAAUUGGACGAUUUGAAAAAGGCUAUCAGCAAAAUCAAGUAUAUGAGAGGCGGAACUGCAACUGGAAGAGCAAUUAAAUUUGUAAAUGAAGAAAUGUUUCAAUGUGUGAGGGGUAUGAGACCAGAUGCAAAACACGUUGCUGUGAUAAUAACAGAUGGUGAAUCACAGGAUGAUGUAGUUGGACCAGCAGAAAAAGCCAAAGCAAAAGGAAUUACAAUGUUUGCAAUUGGUGUUGGAGAAUCUGUUGAUGAGGAAUUAAAAAAUAUUUCCUUCAAUCCUGAUGAUCAAUAUAUGUAUUCUGUUGAUUCAUACAAUGACCUUAUCAGUAUUCAGGGACAAAUACAAAAGAAACUAUUUGCAUUUCCAAAUCAAGGAUCAACUUUUACAACUCAACAGUGUGAAGCAGGCUUAUCUGCUGGCUUUAUCAAUGACCAACCAAUCUUAGGGCUACCUGGCUUACAGAAUUGGAGUGGAGGAAUAGCAAUAUAUUCUAAAGAUGCUAAUUAUAUGAUGAAAAUGAGUUUGUUAGAAUUGUUCAAUAUAAGUAAUAAUAAUUCAGUUGAACAUGACGGGCAGAAUUUUUGUGUUUCGCAAAAUGAAGAUAUACAUUCUGCAACUGAUGAAUUUUCAGGAUCAGGAUAUUUUUCUGAAAUUAACACUCACCUGCUCGAAAAUGUCACCUUGAAUAAAUAUGAAGAAGAAGAAGAUAUAGAACAAUUAGUAUUCGAUACAUCGAACAAAAUCAUCUCAAAAUCAUUGUCUCAUUCAUAUCUUGGGUAUUCUAUUAGUAUUGGCUCAUACAGUUUCCCAGGUGCUCAUGAGAUUGCAGUUGGAGCACCAAGAUUUUUGAAUAGGGGAAGUGUGUUCAUUAUCAAUUUUCAACAGAUUGAUAAUCAGACUAAAAUUGUUGAGAAGUUUUACGGAGAUCAAGUCGGAAGCUACUUUGGAUAUUCAGUAUGUAUGACUGACAUGAAUUCUGAUGGACAGGAUGAAGUUUUAAUUGGAGCACCAUUGAUGAUGAGAAAAUAUGAGGAUAUGGGACAAGUUGUAGUAUAUGUUUCAAAUAGAAAUCAAACAACUCGUUCAUCAAGAAUUCUAUUACAUGGAUCAUCUGAAAAAGGUGCAAGAUUUGGUUUUGCAAUUGCUGCUGCUAAUGAUCUUAAUCAAGAUGGAUAUUAUGAUGUUGUCAUUGGAGCACCCUCUAAUUAUGAUGGUGAUGGAGCUAUCUACAUUUACAAUGGUGGAGAAAAUUUGUCCGAACUGUUGAAAAAUCCAUCUCAAAUUUUGAAAGCUUCAACAAUGAUUACAAAACUCGUUUAUUUUGGGUUUUCCUUACAUGCAAAAGUGGACAUUGACGGAAAUGGACAUCCAGAUGUAGCUGUUGGGGCACCAGGAAGCAGCAAAGUCUUAGUCAUAUUAUCUAAACCAGUUAUUCAUGUAACAGCAAAAUUGAUUGCAAUACCCAAAUUAAUAAAUCUUUCAUCUCCUUAUGGCAAUGGCUUAUGUGAUACUAACUCCAAUGGUGUACCAAACUUUUGUACAGUAAUACAAAUAUGCUUCAUGGUAACUGGAAAAAAUAUUCCAAAAAAUAUAGAUUUGAAUUAUGCAUUAUCUGUUGAUACUUACAAAUUUGAUGGCAAUUGUGGAAUUCAUUUUCCUAAACCUCAGAAUAAACUUAUUGCUGAAACUGGGAGUACAACAUGUAUCAAUGAAACUUUGAUGUUGACAGAACACAUUUUGCCUGAUCUUGCCUCUGACAUUAUAAUUAAAAUGAACUAUAGUAUGGCGUACACAAGUUCAAAUAAAAGCAUGUCACCAAUGCUGAAUAUUUAUGAUGAAAAUCCUGUACAGACAAAGGUGGUUUUCAUCAAGAAUUGUAUAAAUAAGGAGCGUUUCUCGAAUUUAAAAAUUGGAUGCUUCAUAGAGGAUUCGGCAAUACUUAAUCACAGCAUUAAAUCUGUCAGUAUUAAUGACAAGCGCAUGAUUAAUUUACAUGUGAACGUCACAAAUAUUAAAGACAAAGCAUAUGAAGUGAAAGUUGAAAUCAAAUAUAAUUCAAGCCUUUACUUCAGUAAGAUGUCAUUUCCACAGAGUACGAACUGUUUUGUGAUAGAGCACAAUGAAGAUGAACAUGGCAGAUAUAUAGAACAUGGACAUUACAAUAUAUCAAACAAAACUUUAUUUAAGACACUGCGGUUAAAAUACAUCAACAAAAUUUUCCACAGAGCUGUGAUGUGUUUGGCAAAAUUACAGUUUGGAAUUGUUGAAAAUUCAGAAUUCCAUGGAGGAUUACUCAAAAUAAGUGCAGCAGUAACAUCUUCUAGUCCAGAGUUGAAUUAUUUUGACAACAAAUGUAAUAAUUCAUUUUAUUUGAACUUUCCUGGUCAUGUAUCACUCGAAAGUGACUACAGUGAUGAUCAGUAUAUUUCAAAGAACACUGUGAAAAAUACAUCUCUGUCAAAAAUGAAGGAAAUUUCAUUUGACAACACGUAUUACCUCAUCAACCAAGGCUAUGUUACAGUACCAAAAUCACAAAUAGAGAUUCUGUGGCCAUAUAAUCUGCCAAGUAUACAAGGUGUCCUAAAUUUAUUGAAUGUGAGAUGUAUUCCCUUGCAUAAAUGCCAAUGUGGAAAUCAACAACUUAAUUCAACUAUCAUGAAUCUGAGAACAAAUAUAACGUCAAAUUUUCAAGGAAAAUGGAUGAAGUGCAAUGAAGACAACAUCAUAUGUAACAGGCAAAAAUGUACAGUAUCCAGUUUUAAACCAGAAGAAAAUAUACAAAUAAAUCUACAUUUUAGAUACUCAUGGGGCAAAACAAUUAAGUUGAAAACAUGGAGAACAUACAUCACAACAGAACUAAGGUAUUCAUCUGAAGAAUCUCCUUUUAUUGAUUUGGAACCAGAAGUUUUAAAACGUGAGAUUUCAACCACACUGAUCAAUAAUUAUAACUUGUCCGAUGACGUUCCAAUUUGGUGGCCUUCGCAGAUACUUUUCAUCGGCAUUGGUGUUGCCGUUGGUAUUGUAAUAUUGACUUUGUUGAUAAUAAUUUUUUAUAAGACCGGAUUUUUUGAAAGCAAAUACAAACAGAAAAAAGAAGAGACAAUGGAGUGGAGAGAUUUUGAUAAGUAUUCCAACCAAGCAAUCGAUAGAAUACAGCAUCAAACAAACUGUGAAAAUGAGAAAGAAAAUGUUAGGCAUAAGUUAUCAACAUUUCAGUGAUCAAAUGCACCAAAUACUUCUAUAUUUUAGAGUUUUUUGACGCAUUCUUUUACUUGUGAUUUCUUAAUAAACAUGCCACACUCGAUAUUUCACGAAAGUGGGCAAGCUGUGAAAGUUAGAGACAACACACAUGACUUCAUCUAGCUAAAAGCUGCAAAU